AUGGAUGAAACACCAACAAAAACUCGUCUUCAAAAGUCGAAAGAGAAUAAAUCAGUAACUGCCGAUAAUGUACCAGAAGCCGAUGAAAAAGGAGAAAGUGAUUGUGAACAACCACUGAAGGAGAUGAAAAUGAAGGCAAAGCAGGAUGCUCUGAAGAGAAAGGAAGUCUCUGAAGAUGGAAAAGGGGAAACUGAUGGUGACCAGCAACAAAAGGAGACUAGAACCAACGUAAAGCACGAUGCUUCCAAGAAGAAAAAGAAAGUCUCUGAAGAUCCUGAAGCAACCACCCCAUCAAGGAAUUCGCAGAGAUUGAAAGAUCAGGUAUCACCUAGUUCACCUAAGCCUGGAGCAGAAAAGAAAACAAAGACUAAAAAGAAAGCUGAUGAGGAGCAAUUAAUUGCGAAUACUAGUGCACCUAGAGUUCAGCCUGAUAAAGAUACUAAGAGAAAAAAGAAAGCAGAGAAAGCUGCACCAAAGGAAGUUUUGGAUGAUGAUACAGAGAAUGAGUAUGAUACCGAUGAUUUUGAGAAAGCUGCACCAAAGGAAGCUGGCAAGCAAGCUGUUGAUAAGCAAAAGAAAAUAAAAAGAUGUGAACCCAAACAAUCAGAAUACGUGAAAAGGAAGAAGAAGGAGAAGCAAAUUGAAAGAUCCGAAAGUGAAGAAGAAGAUGAAGAUGAAGAAGAACCUGAUCAGCAAUGUGUCGUCUAUUAA